UGAGUAGUCCCUUGUCCUCGAACGACGACUCGGUCAGCACAGGCGUCAGAUACUCGCGCACGCCGUGGAACAGACUCUGCAUCGCUUCGUUUCCUUCUCUUCGAGCUCCAAUACCGGUAUGGGAAAAUGGAUCAGGGUUCAUUUUUCUUCAAGACCCAAAAUCUUCAAUUACUCAAUUAAUAAUGCAAAAUGCCCAAAUAUUGGGCUGGCGCUUUACUGACGCGGUCGAUCGAUGCUGCUGCCGCUGCGCCGCCUCAUGAGCUUCUCGGUACGCAGCUUCAAGGCUCCGUUGGCAGUGGACCAGGUGAAUGUCUGUCUAUCGAGUCGCUUCAGCCGCCUCGUACAUCCAGAUCCCUCAAUUGAGCAACAGAAGACGCUGAAUUGGGAAGAUCUUAAGCGCCAGACGCCGAGGCUCUUCAAUGCCUCAAAGUUCCGUUUCCAAGGACUGUCAGAAGAUCAUCCCUCUUCCCAACUUCAGAUGAACUGGGGGCUGACCGAUUAUGCGUCGUAUUUGGGCACGUGCUGCUCAUCGCUAGCCCCGCAGCUUCUGGAAGAUGGCGAAAUGCUUCACAACGAUCGCUUUGUCUUCCUAUCACGAAAAGUGGGCGUCGCAGCGGUGUUGGAGACUAGGGACGGCCAUGUGGCGCUCGUCAAGCGUAGUAAGAGUGUCGGCCUCUACCAGGACCUGUAUGACACUCCAGGAGGACACCCUGAACCGUCCAACAUCCAGUUGACAGAAGACGUUCUGCCGACACUGGAGGAUGCAGCCAACGAGCUCAAGAGGACCCAGCUAGAGGAUGCAGCCAAGCAGGAGUUCUUCCAAUCCAUCGUGAACGAAGUUUAUGAAGAAGUAAACUUGGCCCCGCAGCGGCAACAGCCACCGAUGUUGAUGGGUGUCGUGCUACAGACCGACGCGUGCACUCCCAGUUUCUCUUUCCACAUAAAGACGGAGUGUUCGGCGGAAGAGUUGAGGGAGCUGUAUCACGCCGGACCAUCGGACAAGUUUGAAUCAGUCAAGUUGGAGCUUUUGUCUAUCGAGAGCUUGCUGGACGAGGGGUCUACUGCGCUGUAA